UCCAGCCUGCAAGAACUGAGGGAAUUGACAAAUUCGUGGCGUCGAUCGAGUCACUCCAGCAGAUGCUCCUAAACAUGUGGAAGAGUUUUGUUCUGAUCAAAUCAACGAAUGGUCUUGGAUUUGCCAUGCGCCUUGGCCCACUCUACUAGCUAGCUAAAUUGCUCUGACGAUCUACGACGAGACGAUAGCCACGAAUGGCCUCCACCGCUCUCCUCUCGGCUCCUCCGGCAGCAGCGCAGGCUGCGUCCGUUCCAGCUCCUAAGCAGCGCGUAGCCACGGUGCAUCUGGCGGCGGUGCCCCUGAGGGCCGCCAAAGGCCCUGCCCAGACGCUGCUGUCCGCCGCCUACUCGGUGGGCGUCUGGCAGCUGCAGCACUUCGUCGUCAUCAUCCGGCCAGAUCCAUCUCAGUCCCAGGUAGUUGCCUUUGAUUUUCAGCCUCAAGAUCCCGAGAACUUCUAUGCAUUACUAGCUGUCUUAACUCAGAAGCACAUGCCCGGAGUUGUUCUAAGAAGGAGCUUGCGAAGAUUACCCAACACGAGGUGCUGGUUUAUUGGAUUCGCUGACUCUGAUGAUGCUGUAGAUGAGGCUGACAGAUUCAGUAAAAGCUGGUCGACUGAGCUGAUUGUUGGAGAGCACGACUGUCGCCAUUUUGCAAACGGUUAUAACAUAUUAACAACCUCUGAAUUCUCACUUCGAAAUUGGCUGUUGAGACAAAAUUUAUGUGCUGAAUGUCAAGGAUUGGUUGAAUGCCUGACCGGCGAGCGACAUGUUUUGAGCUAUCUUCAAACAAUCUCCCACUAGAUGAAUGAACCUGUGGAUGCUGGAGAACAAAAAGGGGCAUCCAUGCUCAGAAGCAUUUGCCACUUCUUACCGUUUGUAUGAUCUUUUGAGUUGCAUAUAUACAAGUUAUUAGAUGUUUCAUGUGUUCUGUGCUUCACCUAAUCCAGAAAAAUUCUUAUAUGUUCUUGAAACUAUUUUACAUGUCUGUUACA